UUUGGCACGGGCUUUCAUUGUCGUCUGGCAAGAUUUCCUUCCGUAAAGAUAUAAGAAGCUAGCUUGUCGUGUACAAUGAAAAUAAGGAUAGUUGCGAGGCCCCAAGAUUUCCAAUACAAGCGGUGACAAUGGGCAUUUUUGAUAGAUUUAAAAAGAUGGGGAAUAAUUGCGUAAAGAAACACAUACAGCUGCCAGAUGACUGCGUAAAAGUUAGUAUUUGUUUUGUAAUCAUGCGGUUCACUGAUCAGCGUUUAUAUUGUAUCUAGUGUUAUAUAUUUCUCCAUGUUAUAUAUCUUUCAUUAAAUAGUCUAUGUUGAAAGCAAAGUCAAAAGUGUAUCUAAUAUUUUUUUAUAUUGUGUAAUAAAAUAUGUUUGUUUAGGAUGAAAUUUCAUCUUUAUAUCGCACUAUUAUCAAGUACUCAGACGAUAAAUUGUUAGAUUAUAUAUUGUUCUCUGUAAUCUUUAAUUUCUGUGAAAAACGUUCAAUUAUGAAACCAAAGGACCAUUAUCCAAAUUAAAAUAUGUUAGCUAAAUAGCAAGGUGCUUGGUAUAAACAUGAAAUAUAAAAAAUGCUAAUAAAAAGUGAAACAGGUAGUCCUGUCAACACCGUCAAACCCAAAUAGACACCUUUAAAUAUGGACAAUAUCUGAAUAAUUUUUAUUUAAUUUUUAUUUAAUUCCAUAAGAGACGAUCGACUGAGCUCUGUAGUGCAGGUUUUACAUAGAUGUACAGACUUACUAAGGUUUAAUACUGAUCUCAUUAUUCCCUUGUGUCACCAUUACUUAUAUUCUGUGACAAUACUCUACUAUGUUCCCAGGAUGAGAAGCAUAAAAUAGCCCAACCGGGCAAAAGCAGUAAAACGUCUGGCAGUUUUGGUCAUCGAAGGCUUGGCAGUACUGCAUCGACUGUUUCUGGAGAUGAUAUAAAACUAGUGUGGGCAAACAGCAAAGGUAUAACAAAAUUCAUUAUCAUUGUGUCGGAACACGUUAAAAAAUAUUAUAGAACCAUACAUAGAUGUUUCGAGUGAGGCAUAUAAACUUCUGGAGAAUGUAAUGUUUUUCAUGUUGUUUUUACACAAACAACGACAAAACGUGUUACAAUGAAUUAUUUUGAGACAUUUUAUUUUGGCUGUUGUGACUGGUAGAUUUUAAUAUUCAAUAUUGUGUUGCUAAAUAGCUUGAAUGUGGUUUUGUAUUUCAAAAUAAUUAUUUAAAAAUUCAUUUAUGCAUGUGUCUGUUCUUAAAGUUUUAUUUUAUUUUACCCGAUGUUCAUGCCUGGAAUGUAGAGUGAACUGAUAGAGCUAUUUUAGCUAGUUUCGAGUUAGAUUAGUUUCCUCCUAUAGCAAUACUAGAUCAAUAAGAGACGACCCUUACUGAACCUCUUGGAAGAACAAAUCCCUAAUCUGUGUUUUAGAACUGAUAAAGCUAUUCAGUAUCAGUAAAGUUAGUUUAGUUGAAGAAAAUAUCAUAGUCAAAUCUGAUGAUUUUAUAUUUUGUUUGUAGACAGCAGUAAUCUAUUUGAUCAACUGGGUGCAAAAGAUAUUUUUAAGAGAUUUAAUAAUUUUCUUGAAAGUUGGAAAUGUUGGCAAGAUGAGGAGAGGCAAUGUAAAGAAAUGUUAGGUUUUGAUCUGGACAUGAAACUUGUUGAAUCUCUCUGUGUUAUUCCUUCAGGUAAUAUGUUGAUAAUAUCUGGGGAUGUAAUUGGUGUUGGCAGAGUCUGGCAGCAAAAUUCCCCUCCCCCUGCUGCCCUGUCUCCUUACAUAGACUCCCUGAGAAAUUUUGAGGGCUGCCUCAUCUUUGCCCAGUCCUCCCCCUAAUGUCCACCAAACUAAUUUGAUUGUGUAAAUAAUUUUUGUCAUUCAGGAAUGCGUCUGGGUCUUGGCUGCGGCAGCAUGACAGAAGAUUACGACUUUUAUCUUGAUAUUGACCCAAUCAUCCAGUUAAGUGAGAUCAGUGGAUAUCUAUCAAGCACUUUUCAAAAAGCAAUUGACAUUUUCAAAUCACUUGCAAAACAGAUGAAAAUCCUCAUCGAACAGGGCGAGGUGAUUUGUCUGGAUUUGUCAAAAUUCUUGAGUAUCUUGAGACAUCUCAUGGUGUUUCAUACAAGUUGCCUGCUGGUAUGCAACAGUUAGACAACCCAGAACAACUUAAGGAGGCUCUGAUGCUUGUUAAAAGUGCUGUCUUGGCGCUGAAGUCAUACGGUUCAACAAUCACAAACUAUAUCAUGCAGCAAGGACAUAAUGUUGAGACAGUCGUCUCAAACAAGCAAUCUGCAAAUCCAACCUUGGUCAUCUUUCCAAGAAAACCAAUCACCAAAAUGAAAGUGCGAGAAAUGGAUGAGAAGACGUUCAUGAAAUUGAACAAAGGUGAUGACGACGAGAAAUAUAUUGAAAUUUCUCUGAAAUAAGCAUGUGGGUUCUGGAGAUUUCUAGGAAAUAGACUUUUUGUGCAUUUAAAAAUGGUGUCAAACGUGGAAAAACAUUUAAUGUGAUGUCCCAAGGGACAAGUUUUAGUGAUAAUUUGCAAUGCAAAUGAUGUUUUCAUGAAAUUACCAGCAACUUGCAUUGUCCCAUGGGACAUCACGUAAUUGGUUUUCCUUGUUUCAAGUUAUCAUAAGAAAGGUCUAUAAUGCUGGGAUAGAGGGGGUUACUUGAUAUUUCUCCAAAGGAGGAGGGGGUUUUGCACAACUUGGGAUGUAAGUAAAGGGUCUUCGAGUGAAGACAAUAUGCAUUGUUAUUUAACACAAAUGAUUUUCUGGAGGUUUUUGAAAUAUUAACUAGAAUUAAUUUAUUAUAACACACAAGCAUAAUGGUAGGACAUGCAUCAUAAAUAACAUGCAUACUGCUAGAGCUCAAAAUUGUUCAUAUAUUGUAGAGACAAGGGAUCUGUUUUGCAUUCAGGCAAGCGCUGGAUUAGAGGAAAUGCUGCUAUUGUUUUACAAAUAUACUAUGCAAUAGGGCAUACUCAAUAGAAUAAGAAGAUAGAGAACUUGAUGCAGACAAAAUAAUCCUCGUUAUCUAUGUUUAUGUCUUGCUUUAUGCACGAAAUGGUUGGUUUAUCGUCACGUGUGUAUUGUAUUUUGGCCAGAGCAACCAAUAGCUAUGUUUCAUUUAACCAUUGUGUAUGACUGGGUGAUUAAACCAACAUACUGCUCUUGGUUGGGAAAAAAACCCAAUACCGACCAUUUCUUGAACCGAGCAUUUCUUGCAUAAGCCAAGACAAACACAUAGAUAAUGACGUCUAUGAUGUCUGCAUCGAGUUCCUUAACCUUCUACUAUUGAUUAUGAAUAGGCUCAACAUGUAGCAAGUCUGUUUGUGUGAUGUUACUCUCAGUGUAUAUCCACACCGGGCAGGCUUGAAAAAUAUGCCUGACCACGGUUUUCAACCUGGAUAUACACUCAGAGUAACAUCACACAAACAUCUUAUUCACCUGAGUACAUUACAUCAACACAGCAGAUUUCAUGUAGCAAGUCUGUUGAGUCAUCAACUUUGGAACAAGUCUGUUGAGUCAUCAACCUUUAAUACCAGUGCCACGCUCUGUGUACAGAUCCUUUCAAUUUUAGGGAGGCUGGUCCUUCCUAACCUGCAUGCGGGGUGUCUUUACUGAAAAUGAUCUGAGAUUUUGAGAUUACUGUCAGACCUAGAAACCAUGGUCAGACAGCAUUGCUUGUUUGUAUUUAAUAUAUUAAAGUAUUAUUAAGAAAUGUUAUUAAAUAAUAUUAUAGUGACAGCACUUAUGGGAUAUUUUACAGAUAUUAUUAUAGUAAAUUUGUUUAAUAAAAGUGGUUGAAAUAUGUCAUGCAAA